GCUGCGCCGCGGCUUCAGAGGAGGAGAGAUGUUUAUUCAGCUGCUGAAUGAAGGAGAGGGUGAACACACACAGAGGAACCUCUCGGUGAAUCAAUGAACGGAACCCGACCUGGACUCAUUCUACUACACAGAACCGGUUUUGGACCUCACUCGAUUCUGAGCUGACCCUAACUGAGUGAUUAAACGUCGGGCCGGAUGCUUCAGUAACAAUGACUGCUGUGGCCAUGCCUGUCCCUACAUCUGCCAUCGUCUCCCUGCGCUCCUGCUCCUCCUCACUGCUCUUCCUCCUCGUCUUCCUCACUGUGCUGACUUCAUGCCCGGCUCCGGCCCUGGCAGAGUCUUCAGGGAACUGUACGGCCAGCGGAGACCCCUGUCAGGAAGGAGUGGUACUUCCUGUGUGGAACCCCCAGAACCCGUCAGUGGGAGACAAAGUGGCACGGGCAAUUGUUUACUUUGUGGCACUUAUUUACAUGUUCCUGGGGAUGAGCAUCAUAGCGGACCGGUUCAUGUCGUCCAUAGAGGUCAUAACUUCGCAAGAGAAGGAGAUCACAAUAAAAAAGCCAAACGGUGAAACCACAACGGCUACGGUUCGGAUCUGGAACGAAACCGUUUCUAACCUCACGCUCAUGGCUUUGGGCUCAAGCGCUCCUGAGAUUCUGCUGUCAGUUAUUGAGGUGUGCGGUCACGGCUUUGAGGCCGGGUCUCUGGGUCCCAGCACCAUCGUGGGCAGCGCCGCCUUCAACAUGUUUGUGAUCAUCGCCCUCUGCGUGUACGUUGUUCCCGAUGGAGAAACGAGGAAGAUCAAACACCUUCGGGUGUUCUUCGUCACGGCAGCAUGGAGCUUGUUCGCCUACAUCUGGCUCUACAUGAUUCUGAGCGUGAUUUCUCCUGGAGAGGUGGAGGUAUGGGAGGCUGUGCUCACCUUCCUCUGCUUUCCCCUCUGCGUCGUCCAAGCCUGGGUGGCCGACCGGCGCCUUCUCUUCUACAAGUAUGUCAGCAAGCGUUACCGUGCCGACAAGAACCGCGGCAUCAUCAUUGAGACAGAGGGAGAUGGAGGGAUUGGCGGCAUGGACGGAGGAGGCGGAGGAGCGUUGGGUCCGGGUGGAUUCACAAAGAUGGAUAUGCUGGAACUAGAUGGACAGAUCGCGCUGAACUGCCACAGCGGGAUGGACGGAGGGAUGAUGGAGGGGGGAAAGAAUGAGGAUGAUGAGGCCAGGAGGGACAUGGCGAGGACACUGAAGGAGCUGAAGCAGAGACACCCAGACAAGGACAUGGAGCAGCUGAUCGAGAUGGCUAAUUAUCAGGUUCUGAUGCAGCAGCAGAAGAGCCGAGCGUUUUAUCGCAUCCAGGCCACCAGGAUGAUGAUCGGAGCCGGAAACAUCCUGAAGAAGCACGCCGCCGACCAGGCUCGCAAGGUGGUGAGCAGCAACGAGACCCAGACUCAGGAGGACGACCCUCACACUGUCAGGAUGGAGUUUGAGCCGUCUUUGUACCAGUGCUUCGAAAACUGCGGCUCCCUGAAUCUGACUGUAGCCAGACAUGGAGGAGACCCUGGAGUCACUGUCAAAGUGGAUUAUCGCACAGAGGACGGCACGGCCAACGCGGGCUCGGAUUAUGAGUUUGCUGAAGGAACGCUGCUGUUUAAGCCUGGAGAGACCCUGAAAGAGAUUACUGUUGGCGUCAUCGACGACGACAUCUUUGAGGAGGACGAGUAUUUCUACGUUCACCUCAGUAACCCCCGCGUGGUCGGCUGCCCCGAGAUCGGCGCCGCCCCGCUGGACGCCAGCGCCGCCCCGAAAGCCGUGCUGGGAGAAAACCACACGGCCACAGUAACCAUCUACGACGACGACCACGCCGGUAUCUUCACGUUCGAAGGCGCCAGUCAGAGGGUGAGUGAAAGCGUGGGCGUGAUGGAGGUGAAGGUUCUCCGGACGUCGGGGGCCCGGGGUCUGGUCGCCGUCCCCUACCGGACCCUGGAUGGGACAGCUAAAGGAGGGGAGGACUAUGAAAUGGCUGCUGGAAAGCUGGAGUUUCAGAAUGAUGAAACCAUGAAGGUCAUUGAGGUGAAAAUUAUUGACGAUGAAGAGUAUGAGAAGAACAAAACCUUCACCAUUGAGCUUGGAGAGCCGGUUCUGCUGGAGAUAGGACAGAAACAUGGUGACUCCAAUGAGAACAAGCCGCUGGUGGGAGCGGAGGAGGAAGAGGUGGCCAAGAUGGGCUGCCCCAGUCUGGGUGAGCACACACAAGUGGAGGUGAUCAUCGAGGAGUCCUACGAGUUUAAGAAAGCAGUAAAUACUCUUCUUACUAAUAAGAAUACAGUAGAUAAGUUGAUCAAGAAGACAAAUCUGGCCCUGGUGGUGGGAAGCAGCAGCUGGAGGGAGCAGUUUGUCAGCGCUGUUACUGUAAGCGCAGGAGAUGAUGACGAGGAGGAGAGUGGUGAAGAGCGGCUGCCCUCCUGCUUCGACUACAUCAUGCACUUCCUCACCGUGUUCUGGAAGGUUCUGUUUGCCUUUGUCCCACCCACGGAGUACUGGAAUGGCUGGGCCUGCUUCUUCGUCUCCAUUUCACUGAUCGGCGUCCUCACCGCCGUCACCGGGGAUCUGGCAUCGCACUUCGGCUGCACGAUAGGACUGAAGGACUCCGUGACAGCCGUGGUGUUCGUGGCUUUGGGGACAUCGGUACCAGAUACUUUUGCCAGUAAGGUUGCAGCCAUCCAGGACCAGUACGCCGACGCCUCCAUUGGCAACGUGACUGGCUCCAACGCCGUCAAUGUCUUCCUGGGUAUUGGUGUGGCGUGGACCAUUGCCGCCAUCGCCUGGCGCUCUAAGGGCAAGCCUUUCAAGGUGGACCCAGGAAACCUGGCCUUCUCCGUCACCCUCUUCACCAUCCUGGCUGUGGUGUGCGUGUUGAUGCUUCUCUACCGCCGCCGGCCCACGGUGGCUGGAGGCGAGCUGGGCGGGCCGCGGACUUGCAAGUUGCUAACGUCGCUGCUGUUCGUCUCUCUGUGGCUAAUUUACAUCCUGCUGGCUUCGAUGGAGGCCUACUGCCAUAUACAGGUGUUUUAGAAAGAGACCUUACUGGUGUGGAGAAGGUGGGAAACCUUAAGACUUUGUCUGAAAAUGGAUUUCAUGUCUCCCAAUUACGUUUUUUCCCUAAAUAAAAUGAGUGUACACCCUCAUGAGAACCAACAACUCCCCCAACAAUGUUGAGACUAAUUAUUUUCAUCUUUGAAAGAAGCUCUUUGAACCAUAAAGGCCCUCCAGUGUAUCAAGGAAAACCUUGAAACAGUGUUAUCAUCAGAGGACUGCUGUUGUUUCACUAUAAAGCCAAACCAGCUGCAGAGAAGAUAAUCAGCUGAGCUUGGAAGAAAAAAAAAAAGCAGAGCUGAGAGGAAGGACGAAGGUCAGCGAUAAAGCUACAACAGUCAACAACAAAGGCAGAGAGAAGAGCAGCCGAAUGACAAAUGACGGAGAAAAAGGUUAGAGGAUUUAAACUGAGCUGCAGGAAACCUCUGUCGUUACAACUCCAUGAAAAAGGAAUACCCAUUGAAAUUAUUUUACAUUUUCUCACAUUACAACCUCAAACUUUAACACUUUUUAUGUAGAUUAUAUGCAAUAGACCCACUAAAAGUUAAGUUUUGUAUAGAAGUUAAAUCACACUAGCACUCUAAGUCACUGAUUAACGUCUGAAGGAAAUUCUAAUGACAUUUAUUUAUUUACAGGGUAUUCAAGUCAAUGGGGUAAUGUGCAUAACAUGCUUUUCAGAUUUUAUUGUGCAAUAUAUUUUAAAUCCAUGUAUUCUUCUAGUUCAUCUCUUUUAUUAUUUUGUAAAAUCCCACUGAAGUUUACAGUUGUAGUGCGACAAAAUGGAACAAAGUUCACGAGGUAUGAAUACCGUUGAAAGGCUCUGUGCUGUAGAGGAGCAGUGGAUCAUCACCCUUCAACUCCACUUUGACUUCUAACUUAUCGCCUUUUUGCUCUCAAUACACUCAAAAUGACGGGCCCUCAGGAGAUCCUGCACUAAAACUUGCCGGCGAGACAAUAAAUUAACCCUCUUCUUCGUCUUAUUUAAGGAUACACUGUGCAAAAACAGUCUCAUUAUACAAACCUUCCUGUCCUGAUUGUUCCCUGCCUGCCUUACGUUCCCCAUCCUCGCUUUACGUGUCCAAAAAGAAAACUCGACGUUGUGACAAGUUGCCACCAUCAAACCCUCUUUUUAAACCCUCCCCAUGUCCCCUGUUCCUUAUCCCAAAACACAUUUUCUACUCUUUUCAAUGGCGUCACGUGUUGAUGUUAUCGUGGAAUUGUAAAAACAACAACAGCAACAACAACAACAAAUCUACAAAAACAGAGCGACAGAAGAAAGACGUCAAGAUGUGAAUAAAUGCAGAGUGGAAUAAAAACCGAGCUGAUCAGGAUGUAAAAAAGUACUGAGAGCUACACAUUGUUAUGUAAAAUGUUUACACUUUGAAAAACAACAAAUCGAACAAUAGCCAAUAGGGGACUUCCGUACACCUGAAGGACCAAUCAGAAUGAAGGAUCUGAUUGACUGUGAUCAUGAUGACAACUGUGAAGGAAACGGUGUAGAAAAAUCUAAACUACAACCAUAACCAGUGUUUCUAUUUGUACAUGAUAUUAUCAGAAACCUGUGUCGAUGUGUGUGGGACAUGACUGGUAUUUUAUUUAUGUGAAGCCUCCAUCUUUGUAGGAACAAGUUUGAGAAAGUUAAAGGGAAAAAUACAAGGCAGCUGAAGAAUCACGUGUCUGUUCUGCAUCACGGGGCGUUUCUUUGUACCAAACUAUAACAAAUUGUCACAAAUCACUAACAACCUUUUUAAGCUGUGCAGAUUUACUUUUUAAACUCCCCGAUGUGCUGGCAGCUGUGGUGAGUACAACACUGCAAUUAAAUGUGCAAAGUGAUCUGCUGUGUUUUUAUGGGUGAAUCUGUUUGUUUAGCUUUUGUGAAAUUGUUUUAAGCCACAUUUCAUGUCAAAUUAAUUGUUCCGACAUCCCCGUCUGUCUGGAAAAAAAGUGUUGAAGCGCAGAUUUUAGAUCGUCUCUUGCCCGGAAGCGUGUCUGGAACUGAACAGAUGGGACGGCAUAUGGUUGGUCGACGAGGAUUAUUAAUAUAUUCAUCCCCUUUGUUAAAUCACGUUACGGACAGAAAAAAAACAACAACGCAGUAAUCAAGCUUCUUUCCUACCAACUGAGGAUCAUGCUGCCUGCAGACUUCAAUGAAAUAAACUUUGAAACCACCUAAAACAGGUUUGCAACGCUGAUGAGAACCAGCAAAACUUUGAAAAGACCAGCAAGAACAACGUUCAGCAAGUAUUACAACACAUUUCCUUUAAUUUAACCAUUUUUUGGCAGCAAUGAAGGCAGAAACACAGCAAAUUAUUCCCAAGAUAAAGGUCGGAAUAGAGUAAGAGGAACUGCGUAACUUCAAUUUAAGGCUAUGCAUAUAGUAGUUGUAAGAGAAGUUAGGCAUCAGCAAUGAAAAAUUCUCUGCCUCAUUUGGCUCAGACACGGAGGAAAAUGUUGCUGCUACAGUUAAUUGUCUGUAAAACAAAUCAUUUUCUUACCAGAUAAGAUAUGUACUUCCUACAACCAGUGAAAUACUCCAGAAAACCUAACAUUUGUUUUGUUGGACAGUCUUUGUCAUCUUCUUUCAGAAACUAUAUUUUGAGUUGAUCAGGAAAACAAAAUAUAUUGUUGUUUUUGUCUCAGAAACAGCAGGUGCAAUUUUAGUUGACAGGAAUGUUAUUACUUUCUAGAAACAUCGAUGGUGUCCUUCUCUUCCAGUAAAUCCCAGUUCAAUCCAAGGUGAACUGGGGAGGAUGUUUUUAGCAGAGUGAAAUAACUGAGUGACAAAAGAAAAAAAGACAAGAUGUCCGAGUGUGAUCAGUAUAAAGAUUUUGCCCCCAGCAGGCAUCAGGGUGUCCAACGUGUGCCAUAGGGACCUUUUGCUGUCCCAGGAUUAAAUUUGUGAAUUGCAAAUGAAGAAUUCAAAUUUUCCAAUUAAGUAAAUGUUAUUACUGACAAAUUUAAAUUAUGCUACAAUGGAAAACAUUUGGUAAAAGUGUUCACCUUUUAAUAAUAACCACUCUCUUUAAUUUGAUAGACGAGAACACACAGUAACGUUUACUCUAGCAGACUGGAACCCAAAUCUGAUUUUCACUCAUUUGUUGAAUUUGGCUGAAUUGAGCAAUUGAGGCCCCCAAGAGCACAAAAGCCAGCAUGAUAAUGUAUGUAUAAUGAAAAUAACAUUGAAUUAUGCAAACUAAAGGCUACUCCACAUGGAAAAUGAUUUUUAUAUUAUUUUUAUAGUUGUUACACAAAUAAUAGAUUAAUCUCUUCCUGCUGUUGCCACGAUUGGGGAAAUAUAAGAUAUGAAACUUUCUUAGUGUGUUAUUUUCAAAGAGUUAAAAUGAUGUGGCACACUUAAAUACCAAUAGCCAUAAUAACAUCGGCACAAUGUAAGCUAGUUACAAAUGAUGUUAAUGCUAGUCCAUGUAUUACAGAGUAGCUUAGGAAGAAUAUAAUCAUCUGGGGUUAACUAGAUUCAAAUAAAACCUGUUUGGACCCCAAAAAGGCAUUGGCCAGCCCCGUCUUUAGUCUUGUUUGUAGCACUGCUUGUUAGCUUGUUUGUGUUUUUAAAACAUGACUUGCUGAUUGGCUGCUAGGCUAGCAGUCUGGCCAGACUCUUUUUCUCAAUGACUUGAGCUUCUGUAACCGGUUAAAGAAAGAGCAGGCAGCAGGAUAAUAAUGCUGCUGACGCCACGGGGUAAACAAGCAGGCUGAAUUAGAGAACCUGGCUCUUUAAAGGUUGGUAAUCUUCGCUGGAGGACGGCUGCAUGUUGGAAAGUGCAAAAAUGUAAUAUGCAAUAUUUCUGUCCUGCCUGUUGCUUAGCUACACCGAGUCUCCGGGACUCUAGCGCUGCGUCGUCGUUCUCUUUCAUUAUCUGUGUUUUCUGUUCCUCUAUCGAACAUUACCGUGUCAUUUCUCAUUCAGUUAUUCUCUCUGUGAAGCACACGUGUGUGUUGGAGGUUUCUUGUCUGUGUGAGCUGGUGUUGUAAUCUCCUUACCAGGACUUGCCCUGUGUCUUUGGCAAACAUCCCCAACACGAGAUUAAUGAAUCCGAAUGCCAGCCUGACCCACAGGGGGAGAAAAAAAAGGUAAUAAACUGGAUUAUCUGUAUAUGUGUGUGUGUGUGUGUGUGUGUGUGUGUGUACCUGCCAAGUAAUAUUAGAUUUGUAAUUAAUUCAAAACUGAGAAUAGACCUUGGCAGGAGGGUUGAAAGUGUCAGUUUUUGUUUCCCACUGAGGUCGCCGUCUCUUCGUUCCCUGACCGGCUGACGGUGGCCGUCGUCGUGUUUACGUACGUUCAUAAAACACCGUCACAGGCAGACCAUAUGCAGACAGCUAAAACAUCAAAUCGCCAAAGAAAACGCUGAAAUUUGUUUAAAAAACUGAAAUAAUCAGAGAAACAGUUUACAAAAUGGAUGAAAUGUUUCAUUAAUAUGGUUCAAAGUUUUCUGGCAUUGUAAUGAGAUCCCAGAAAAAGUGCCGGUGUAACAGGAGUGCUCAACUGUAAAGAGUACUGAGAAAAGGAAUGGUAGCCCCUCCACAGGUUGCUGCACACUGCCAGUCAGCCGGCUUAAAGAGGACUACAACACUCUCCCUUUGCUUUGAAAACAGAAAAAUUCAGCUGUUUGGAAGUAUCUUGUAUGACAAAAAAACAAAUCAGUCGUUUUCUGGAAACUGUAGGAGCUCCAACCAUCACUCUUGUUAAAUUAGCACCAUUUCUAAAACAGUUAAACAGCCACUGGGAGUCUGGUUCACUGGACUCAAAGUCUUAGAAAUGUCCCUGUUAACCCUGGUUGAUGACUCAAAUUAUUUCAUUUCACAUUAGUUCAUGAAUUGUUUUGGUUCUUGACAUCUUUUGACCUACUUCAUGUUAUGAGGUUUUGAAAUGUUUUAGACAUUUCAGAUCUGGGUUUGGCCAGUAAAAAUCAUGGUGAAUUCAUGACUCAACAACUGAAAUUGUGACUGAAAUUACUUUUGAACAGAAGACUGGCUGUGUAUUCUGGGGGAUGUUUUGUGUUUACUCUGGUUAUCUUUGUCUCAUCCAAAUGUUCAAAAAACGACUACUAAUUGUAAAGUUUUUUUCUCUAUUUUUGGCCAAGACUACCAGCAAAAAGAAUAAAAAUGACAGAAAAUAGAUAUAAAUAAAUAUAGUUAUACAUUUGACUUUUUAUUUAAAUAAUACUAAACCCUCAUUUUUUCACACUAUUAUACCAUGACAAUUUUAUAUCAGCUUACAUCUAACUAGUUGGGUCUAUAACCAGGUGGCCACAACUUCUCAAAUCUAUAACUUUUGUUCUGAAAAUGACUUUUCUUACUAACCUAAGUUAUAGCUUGUGUAAUUUUGAAUAAGAGUAUCAAUGACCUUUUUUUAAUAUUUACAGUGCACUAUAAAAACCACUUAGGCUGAACCUUUUGCCUUUUCACGCAGCUCUGUUCAACAACAAAAGUGAAUAUUAGAAGGAAAUGUUAUUCAUUUUCAAUAAGCUUAAACCAAGAUUUUUGUAGAAAGAAACAAUAGCUCUCUACUUGUCCAGUGUACAUAUUUUGUAAUCCUUUGCUUCUUUUCUAGAAGAAAAAAAGAAAGUUAUCCAAAUGAGUAUCGUCUUUAAGUAUUCAUUGGCGGUUUUUAUGCGUAAAGCAGCCAUGUUGGAUUUAGAAACCAGAAUGGUUGACUUCUGGGGGCAAAAUUGUCAAUUUCUAACUGGGAAAUCUAUAUUCUGGUUUCACAUUGUAUUUGCAGUCCACCAUGUAUCUGAAGGCCUAAUGAGCUCUGUGUUUGUGUGUGAUGAGAGGAAUGUGUUAAAUCAGGUUGGAGGCGAGAGGAUUAUUGUGCUACAGAAUGAUCAUAUGGAAAAACCUGGAUGGUUAACGAAGGAAGCUGCUGUUAUUAUUACAUUCUCUUUUUCCAGAGUUUGCAUAUUUCCAUAAAAAUUAUUUUCAGAAUAUUAAGAAUCCAGAUGAGACCAAGCAAAGCAACAUUACAUUCUUAAUUAUACACAAAUAUAUAAAAAAAUGUUUUAAUUGGAAAAUUUGCAUCACUUUAUCAGUUUUUUUAGAUUUUUCUUCUUUUUUUUGCUAUGUCUGUUUAAAUACUUAUUACGCUGAAUUCUGUUAUUAGAUUGGUUGUUUACCAGAAAAUACCUAAAAGUACCACCUCUUGAUGACGAACAUUGGAGUGACGCAUGUUUAAAAGAUGAAUUUUACAGGGAUAUUGGUUGGACAUCUAUUUAUUCUUUGUUGUAUUAGACACCUUUUCUAUAUUUAUUUAUUUUUUAAUCACCAUUAGUUUUCCUUUGUCAUAUUUUUGAUCAUUAAAAUUCUAUUUAAGGCGACUCAAGUGAAUUCAUAUUUGAAUAUUUUAUAUCUAAAAGUUGUACGAGUGAUGCUGAACAAAUUCAAACAAUUACUGUAAUUUUUGUGGUUUCUAUCUUUAAAAAGCAUCAACAUUUUUAUAUUUUAUUGGAUUAUUUUCUCCUUUAACCACUCCUCCUUUCCAAGUAUUUAUAUUUUUGUCACUAUAUACUCAUGUUUAUGGACUCACAAAGUGCUUUAUCAGUUUUUGGUAUUUCUUGUUGUUCAUUUUAGGAUCCUAUUGUUUUGUUACAUUUAUUUUUGUUUUGUGUUGUUUCUGAUUGUUUUGCAAGAGAAAAGACUCUCAGAGAGAAAAACACCAACUUAGCUUAGUAAAAUAAUAUAAUAACUGUGCUUUUAUCCUUUUGUUUUGGGUUUGUAUGAGUGUGGAUGUGUGGAUUCAUUCAUAUUUCUCCCUCCCUGUGUGUGUCGAUGCAUGAAUCACGCUCAUUCUGACUACAGUGUUGAAGUUGGAGAUGUUGUAGUAAAAAGUAAAGUAUUUUUAAAUGCUGAAAAUGACUAGAUAUGAACAAUGAUAUAGAUGUUUACAAAGACCAAACUUUUCUUUCUUUUCUUUAUUUUUCUUAAAAGUUAAAUAAAAUAUGACUGGCAAAAGCA